AUAAGCUGUGUGAAUAGCUAGUUACAAUUAGAAAAAAACAGUUUAGCUAGCUAAAAGUAAUGGGUAGUUAGCCACAAAUAAUUGAUAAACUGUUGAAAGUAGCUAGAUAAAAGUAAGUUAGUCAUGAAUACAUCUGAAUAAAUAGUUAGCUAAUACUAGUAAAAAAGUUUUGUUAGCUAGAAGUGAUGAACAAACAGUUUAAGCAGUUAGUUACAAGUAAUGAAACUAGUUUAAAUAGCUAGCAUGCUUAAAGUAAUUGAUAAAUGGCUAGCAUAGCUAAGCUAAUUAAUGGAUUAAGAAAUAAAACAGCUAGCAGCAGUUGAUAAAUGGUUUAAAUGGAUGGCUAAACUAAUGGAUAACAGUUGAAAUAGUUUGCAAAAACAGUAUCAAGAUACAUUGUUAAAGUUGCAAUGCUAAAAUUAUUACACUUGUGAAAAACGUAGCUAAAUGUCAUGGUGAUAGUUUAAAAAUGUAAUUAGGCUAAACCUCGUGGAUAAGAGACUAAAAUGUUCGACCUACACAUUAGUUUGUGAAAACAAUAUAGCCUAAUGUAUCUUGAUAUAGACUAUUGGUGCUAGAUAACAUCCAUUUUAAACCCAUUUGGACCAAGACAGGUGGUGAAGAAGGGUGCAUGAGUUGUAUCUGUCAGGGAUGACAAAACAUGUAAAUGAGAAUUGGUGGCUUAAUGCUUCUUUAAUUGCCUUACUGACUGACAAAGCGUCAAUUGCGGGACAGGGUUUGAAAACCCGCACCUGAUUUUGUUAACAUCUGACUCCCCACCUCCCCACCCUCAGCUCCACAGCCAGCGCGCCUCCUCCUCCCGACCCGCCAAUGGGCAGCACCUAUUAUCAAAAUGAUUAGCCUCUGUUGCAGCACUCCAUUCUCUCGCACCGGCAGUAGGCGGUAUAGCGAAAGAGACGGAUAAAAAUGUGGAGUGAAUCCAGUCUGCUCCGAGGCUGGCGGAUGAGAGCGAGCGGGCUGGCCGUGUGAUGCUGCCCCUGCCCCGCUGCUGCUGCUGCUGCUGCAACACCUCUGGAGGCGAUGCAGGAGACGCGGUGCAGCAGGCACUAAAGAAGGAAGGCGGUGUAGCCUAUAGGAGGAGGAUACCAGACAGACUACUACAACACCGCCUGAUGGGGAAACGCUGACUGAGAGAGAGAGAGAGAGAGAGAGAGAGAGAGAAACAGCGCAUGGUGGAGAAGCUGAGGAGAAGAACCGACGGGGAUUAGGUGAUUGAACCCAGUCUCAACACCGCCGACGGAGACCCCCAGCCUCCAAUCGCUGCUUGGGGAAGAGCAGCCCCAAAACAUACACCAUGGUGGGGAUGGAUCUGCAUUCAGCUCUGAACGACAAAAUGGGCACAGUUUCAGUCAUGGCAAGGCUCGUGCUUUCCCUCCUGCUCCUGUGUGGAUGGCAAAAUAGCGUCUGCCUGUCCUCCUCAGAGGCUCAGAAGGAGGCGGUCACCAACGACAACAGCACGGUUUUCACCCAGAUCCUGGACGGGCUCCUUGAGGGUUAUGACAACAGGCUGCGGCCAGGGCUUGGAGAGAACGUCACAGAGAUCAAGACGAACAUAUUCGUCACCAGCUUCGGCCCGGUGUCUGAUACGGAGAUGGAAUACACAAUAGAUGUCUUCUUCCGUCAGAGCUGGAAGGACGAGCGUCUGUGCUUCAAAGGGCCCAUGGAGAUGCUGCCGUUAAACAACCUGCUGGCCAGCAACAUCUGGACCCCGGAUACCUUCUUCCUUAACGGCAAGAAGUCUAUCGCUCAUAACAUGACCACGCCCAACAAGCUGCUGAGGCUGCAGGAUGACGGCACUUUGCUCUACACUAUGAGACUGACCAUAUCAGCAGAAUGCCCCAUGCAGCUGGAGGAUUUCCCCAUGGAUGCACACGCCUGCCCGCUCAAGUUUGGCAGCUACGCCUAUCCAGUGUCAGAGGUCGUCUACACUUGGACCCAGGGAGCUGAUAAGUCUGUGGAGGUGGCAGGGGACGGCUCCAGACUCAACCAGUACCAUCUUAUCGGGCAAACUGCCGGCACUGAGAACAUACACACAAGCAGAGGACAGUACACUGUGAUGAUGGUUCACUUCUACCUGAAGAGGAAGAUUGGAUAUUUUGUCAUCCAGACGUAUAUGCCCUGUUUCAUGACCGUAAUCCUGUCCCAGGUGUCGUUUUGGCUAAACAGAGAAUCAGUUCCUGCGAGGACCGUCUUUGGGGUGACCACUGUGCUGACCAUGACUACCCUCAGCAUCAGCGCCAGGAACUCACUCCCCAAAGUGGCCUACGCUACAGCUAUGGAUUGGUUCAUCGCCGUCUGCUAUGCGUUCGUCUUUUCUGCCCUCAUCGAGUUCGCCACAGUGAACUACUUCACCAAAAGGAGCUGGGCCUGGGAUGGCAAGAAGGCUCUCGAGGCACAGCACCCUAAGAAACGAGACCCCAUGGUGCUGUCGAAGAAGCCCAACAAUGUCUGUUCAGCGGGCGUCAACUACACCCCCAACCUCACCAAGGACGUGUCCAUCUCCACCAUCUCCAACACGACGUCGGUGCAGCUCCGGGCCUCGGAGACCAAGAUGGUGGACCCCAAGAAGACUUACAACAGCGUCAGCAAGAUCGACAAGAUGUCACGGAUAGUGUUCCCCGUCCUGUUUGGAACCUUCAACCUCGUCUACUGGGCCACGUACCUGAACAGAGAACCGGUGGUGAAAGGAGUGGUCAGCUCAACGUAAUCUUUCUCCUUUUUUUUUUUCCUGAGACAGAGAGUUCGUAUUAGGGGAUUAAGUUUGUUCUAAUUUGAAAGUGGGUGGACUUAAAGGAAAAGGGGUUGUUGUAAGGUCGUUGCCCAAGACAAAAAAAUAAAAAAAAUAACAAAUAUCUGCGCUUGAAGAACAAAAACAAACUAUACUCAACUAUCUAAUUCAAGCACUUUGAAUGGAUGCAAGGCUGCAACAGAAUCCCUUUCCUGUUUUUAUGGCCUAAAAAACUGCUCGAUCACACAGAAACUUGCUUCUAAGACCUCGAGGGAGCGGGUGCUUUGCUUCUUUCUCAUCUAUCCUGCUGCAGUUUGCAUGACGCUCUCCUCAAAAGGACUCCUCUUUGUCUUGAAUACCGACCAUAUAUAUGUCAGUCACUGCUUAAGGUAUGGGAGCACACUCCAUGGCGACUACUUGAGGUUUUAAAUAAACUAAUGUAGGCAUUUUGAGCAGUUUUCCUAAAUUUACUCUUAUCAUGGAGGCUUGAAAUGCACUGAGCUUAUGCUGUGGAAAAAAACCCUGCAAUAUAACAUGCAUUUGAAAAAUUGAUUUAAAAAAUGUACUUAAUUCCACACUGUGUGGAAGAAACAUCUCUUGAGAUUAAUGCUGCAAGUGCAUUAAUAAUUUAGUUUUCUGUCUCUUUUUUAAAAAAGAACCUUUGCCAUUUUUUUCUCCUAUUGCAGUGGGUGCUUGUGUGUCUCUUUGUACAUCUUUACUUGAAGAUUCAAAGCCCUUUGCUGCAGGCCCGGUUUCCCGAAAGCACUGGCAGACAGAGUCUCAGUGGAAGAUGACGAGUGCUACCUAAAGGUGAAAAAAAAAAAAGUAUUUGAAAGAUUAUCAUUGCAGAGAUGCUUUUUCAUUCAUAAAAAAAUAAAAAGUCAUCAUUUUGGGCAAGAAAAAAAAAACAUCUUUGGCCCACUUACACUGGGUGAGUGGACAGCUGUGGAUGGGGUGUUCAGGACAAAUUUAGGAUACGUGCUUUAACUGAAUUUUGAGCACAGGUCACUCAGCUAGGAAACUAAUAUUCACAGCUGAGAGACCGGUGCUCGAAACGCAGAGUGUGUGACAUACAAAUCAGCAGAGUGAGAGUUUGGAGACUGUCAUAGGGGUGCAGACCUCUAUUUAGGCAAGCAUGCUUCUUACUGAUACUUGGGCAAAACACUGCAACACCACCAGCUCCAGGGGUCAGUGUCACAAAGACAGGAUGUGACGUAGAUCAAAAUAACAGACAGCUGCCGAAGUCUUUACAGAUUAGUCCUUUGUAACUGUGGUAUUUUUCAACCUGGACCAUUUUCUCAUGUGUUUGUGUCUAAGUGAUUAAUAGGAAUGACUUUUUUGAAAUUUGUCCAGUAUUGAGUGAGAUUGCUGCUGCGAAACAGUCUGCAAUGUAACCACGUGGAGCGUGUUCACACCAUCAGUUUAAGUCCACUAAAAGUGCUUGUUUUUGUCACUGACAGGCUCAGAUUGUUAUUUCAAUUGUCUGACAGCAUUAUGGAAAGGAUCACUAAAGAGACAUACCAUUUGGUUUAAGAGUAAAGGGUAUACUUGUGCGGUGGUGUGUCUGUGUCGCUCUGCAGUUACACCUCCAAAACACUAGUUGGCAGCGGAGGUUUCUGUUAAGUGCUGUUAAGUUUAGUUGAUUGACAAGUACACAAAUCAACUUCACUAUAACUCGCAGCAUUCACAGACAAACACUUGUCUUUAUCUGGACACAUUUUCCCCACAAUUACAACAUGCUAACAUUAUUAGCACAAGCCUAUGCCAUUUUACAUUGUAUAAAUUAGCCUAGUGACUAGCUGAGAUAUCUUCUUUUCAUAUGAAGCCAGGGACAACAGCAACAUUUAACAAAGGUAAUGUAAUAAAAUUCAGCUCCAUUACAACUCACAAGGUUCACUGACAAAACAACUGUCUUAUACUAAACAGGUUUUCCAAACAAAUACAACAUGCUAACGUUAUUAGCACAAGCCUAUGGCAUUUUAUAUUGUAUAAAUUAGCCUAGCAAUGGGUGGAGAUUUUCUCUGCUCAUAUGAAACCAGAAUAAAUCUCGAUGUAUAAAUCCCCAAAGGUUAAAUCACACACAAUUUAUUGUUUCUUAUCUGUGAAAUUAACAUAAAUAAAAGCUUUGUUUCCACUGAGGGACAUGGUUUAAGCUUACAAAAUAGACCGGAGGUCUGUGACGCCGUCUGGGGAGGUGCACCUCAGGCAGAAGUAAAAAGUCUGCCUAAGAUCAAUUUUGUUUAGCCAGAAACAGCCCAAAAUUGCUUUCACCAAACCCACCAGACUCCAUAAACAGUAAAUUUAUCAUCAUAAAACACUCUUCAAAGUCGCCAGAAUCAAAAUAAGACUUACAAAGUCACUUUAACACUGUUCCAGCAAUCACCAAGUCUGGUUUGGUUGAAAUAAACCCUUAAUUCACCCUGUUAGAGGCAAAUAUGUACCGGCUCUGUACAUACUGGAGUCUGGUGGGUUUGGCAACAACGAUCUUGGGGCUGUUUCUGGUUGUUAUUCUUUAACAAAAAGGUCUGUCUCUGUAGGGAUCUUUUCCAUAAUGUUCUAGGAUACAUCUAAUAACAAUCUGAGCCUGUCGGUAGCAAAAACAAACACUUUCAGUGCCCGCACAUACAUUAAUGGUGCCAUAUGCCUAGAGUGGUUACACUGCAGCCUGUUUCACAGCUGCUGGCUGCAGCCUUCUCACUCAUCACUGAACCAAUUAAAAAAAUGUUCCCAUUGGUAUCAUAGUCUCAGAUAUGUGAAAACAGGGACCAGGUUGAAACAUACUGAAGUUACCUUUUCAGUACGACUAAUUUGCCAUGAAUUCUGCGUAAAUUAAGUCUUUUCAAACUAAAAAACAUAACUGACCAACCUCCAUUCACUGAAGCAGAAAAUGUUUGCCUUCUGGAGGAAUUUAACAGUUACAAGGGGAUUUUGUUAGAGGAAUUCUGAUGCCCUUAUGUGGGGAGAAAGAACAAAAAGAGAAUAACAAUCAGUGAAGUUUCAUUAUCAUACGACUUUCUGCAUUAAAUAAUAAAUUGCUGAUGAAAAUGUGUCAUUAAACUCACCGUAAAGGCCUGUGGCACGGUGGAAUAAGUGGUUCAAGAAGCUUGUUGGCUUUCAGGCUCAGUUGGUGAACUACUGUAGCUGAGGAGCUAACUGCUCACAUGCUCGCCAGCCAGGACAUGCUAGUGCUUGUUAGUCACAGUAGCUAAGCUUCUUCUAUUUUCUCUCAACUGAAUGAACUGAUUUUGACACAGUUGUUUUUGCCACUUGAAACUACAGUGUCAUCAGGCCUUUAAGUUACGGAAAUUUGGGGGAAAUUAGGCCAAGUCUCGUAAGGGAAUCAUGUAAAUAAACUUUUAAUUUUAAACUUUGCUUUGACACAAAAAAGACAAUGUUUCUCGUUUGAGUUUUAAGCCCUUGGAAGAAAAAGAACAACCAAAGUCUAACGUUGACUUUCACAUCCUGAAGAUGUUUUCGUCCGAUAUCUUUCUUAAUGUUUGUGUGUACAUGUGUAAGAUUCUUUUCUUCCUGUUGCUUGUAGAGGAGCUCAUAUCGGAUCAAACUUUUGAUCUCUUUGGAUCCGAUGUGUUUUUUUGGUCAUCUAUUUCUACAUUGACUUGAUCACACUGGAAGCAAUGAGCACAUGUUGUGGCAUUUUGGCUCGAGCCCACCAUAGCACAGCCUGUGUGACGUGUUGGACUAUGGUGAGACAUACUCAGGAACAAAAGGACCCCUGCUCCCAGCAGAAGAGUUGCCUCAGAGUCACUGUGUGUUUAAUCUCAUGGAGUUUAAACGGUGCAGUUGGGGGCAUUGUCAAAGAAACAAUGGCUUGGUGAAAACCAUGAAAAUAAAGACAUCAGCUGCUACUGUACCUGCUUUGCUUUGUGAAAUUCGGACCUACAUUGGAUGUCGUCACCAUAUCAGCUUAAAAUUCUUUCCAAAGCGCUUUCAUUUUGGAUUUUUGUGCCAUAAUUUUCUGUAAUGUUUUCGUGCUGGUUUGGGUUGAUGUUGAAUUUCAUGUAAAUCUAAGGUGUUGCUAUCUGUCAAAAGCUUGGUGGGUGUCUAUCAGCAAAGCUACGUGUCAGUGCUUGUUCAAGCGCAGCAGCUGUGUAAAAGGAAGUCCAAUGAAAUGCACUUGAAAGGCAAUCUAUAUAUUUGUCUGUCUGUGGUCGCCAUGGCAGCAAGUCCAGAUGAACAGACCAGACAUCCUUUUACUCAGUAACAACCUCCAACCUCCACUGUCUGCUUUUUCUGACUCUGCUGCUUAUCCACAUCGUCAAGACACGUGCUAAUUUUCCUUUUGUUUCUGAUGAUGCCUGCAGUAGCUAAAUCCUUCACAUAGUUUGGGGUCAUUUUGUUUGUUUUGUCAGAGCUGAACUGCUCCAGAGCUGCUUUAUUUCAGCUGACUAAGCCUUAUUUUGAGUUAUAUUACCAAAGGAAAUGAAACUGUAAUUAGCAUCUUGGUCCCUAAUCAUGUAAGUGUAUUUAGCCUCCAUUGUUUUCUCUAUGGAAGGCAGUGUCAGUCCGUCCUCCACUUAAACACUCCCAUCAGCCUUAGUUGUUCUUUUUGUGCUCAUUUAAUGCUAAUUAGCUAAUGUUAGCAUGCUAACACGCUGUGGGGAACAUGGUAAACAUUAUACCCACUUACCAUCGGCAUGUUAGCAUUGUCAUUGUUAGCAUGCUGAUGUUAGCAUUUAGCUUAAAGCACUGCUGUGCCUAAGUAUAGCCUUACAGAGCCAUUAGAGCACACAGUAGCAUGGCUGUAGACCGGUGGUUAGCAAAUAUCAGCCCACAACUGACAAAAACUGAAGUAUUUCUUUAUUAUUUUUUAACUUUAUUUUUAUUUUUGAUAUAAGCAAGUACACUAUUAUCAGGAUCUGUUUGUUCAACCUACUAAAUUAUUUGUGUUUGUACGUGUUCUCCAAGUGGGCGGGGUUUAAAUAGAAGUGGGUGUGGCUUAAAAGUGAAACACACACCGCCGCCGUACGCCGCGCGUCAAAACGCCCGCCUCCAUUAUAUUCCAUGAACCAACCCACACUGGUGCCGCUCUGCUUCAGCCCACUGCUCUAUUUCCAGCGCGGCCAGUGCUCAUGGCGGCGCUGCGAGAAAAGCCUUUUAUGUACGUCUCGUCUCGUAGGAUCGACUCCGGUUGUUUCAAAUUUUUAAUAAGACGACUUUGAUAAGAAACUCACCCGUGAAAUUCAAGUUGUUGUUGCCUCAGAGUUUUUCCUCUUCUUCCUCUGUUACUAGCAGUUGGCAACCGUUGGCAACUCGUGUAGGUACAGCCACCUAGAGGGCUGGGGUGGGAAAUACAUGUUGACGGUGCCGCUGCCAGUGUGUGUUGGGGGGCGGCACUUGACGGCCACAGCGCCGCGUCCGGCGGCGGUGUAUGUUGCACUUAAUGCUGAGUGGGUGUGGUCUGAUCUGAAAUUGUUAUUUAAGCCUGAAAUUGAUAUGAGUUCAUCGGUAGUUGCUAUAUUUAUUAUUUAUUAGAGAGUUUUUUCGAGAACAUCCCCAAGUAAGUCAGGACUUUUGUUCUUUAUCUGUACUGGAUACUUGCUUCAUCCAAGUGUUUAGCGACAAGAUUUUGGUUUUGAAAGCAUUCUGGUUUCUGUUUGUAGUCUGUUUUUAGAGCGAGUAUUAUUGACCAAUCACAUUUGAGUGGGUUUUGGUUGCAUUCAGGUAAACAAUUCAUGCAGGGGGCAAAAGAGGCAAAACGCAUUGGCUGAAAUUCAGUCCCAGAACCUUUUGGCUAUCAUCUGACCAUGACUUCGCUUUCUGUUCACUUUUUUAAUUUCUUUUGACAAUCUGGAAAAAUAAUCCAGUCAUAGACGUCGUAUCUCCACAACUUGUUCGUAUUCCCAGGUCAUCAAAUACAGACACUUUCUCACACUACUCGGUGUCAUAGCAAGGUCUGAAAUACAUUGUAACAUGUGGCUUACGUUGUGAUACCUUUGUAGUUAGGUUAAGGCCACAAAAUUAGUUGGUUAUGUUUCAAAAAAAAGAUCAUGUUUUGGUGGAAAAUAGGUGUGUUUCGUACGUAAAAAUAGCAUAACGUGAUGUAAAUGUGUCACGUAAAUGUUAGCUUUUGGUUUCACAUGGGACACGAACUGUGGUCUCCUAGAUGAAGAAGUUUUGUUAGACCCAUCCACCAUACCUCCCUCCCACCCUCCAAGGACUUUUUUGCUGUCUCUGUCACAUGCUAAUGGGUGUGACAAAGUAUUUGACGCCCUAGGAGUGAGAAUGGGCUGCUCUCAAGUCCAACUCUAUUCUCACUUUUAAAGUUUCUAAUUGGAUUGUAAAAGAUGACCAGCACACAGAAGUUAUUCAGGAGUCCGGUCCAAUCCAGCACUUGGGCAGUGACUUGCGGCAUCAGAAACCAACGAAACAAGGCGUCCUUUAAUGUCAGCAUGAUACGUGGCCGGUUGCCGUUAUAGUUUAAUGGCGUCUGGCAGCAUCAGGGGGAAACGCGGCGGGACAAGAACGAAAGUUACAUUUCCUGUGAAAACAGAAGUGUAUUUUGAAAGAAGACGAUGCAUGUAACAGGCAGAACUUGACACAGUGUCGCAGAACGUCAACAGCCGUACCCAGGGUACCUUGUACGGCAUAUGUGGAAAGUCUAUGACCAAACGUCGAUAUGUGAAGAUGUCGGAGUGAAAAUGUGUUGUAUUUGGAUAUCGGCUGGCCACACCACAACUCCAGAAAUAUUCACUGUCGCGCCCUAGAGGUUAAAUCAUCGUCAGACUGAUCCCUGAUGGGUUUGGAGAUUGCAUGACUGUAGACCAUUGGCAAGCCAAUAGCGGCGCAAAUCUGCCCCUCGAACAAAAAGGCUGAAGUAUUUCCUUUUACGGUUUACAAAACUUCAUUAUUUUUGAUAAAUAGACUUCUGGUACACUUCAUUCUAUCUAUACAUACAUCUUUCUUGCCACUGAAGAAAUGAGUGCCCCUAUCUACCCAUCCAUCCAUCCAUCCAUCCAUCCAUCCAUUUAACCAGCCCUCUCUUCUCUAUUGCCAGCCAAGAAACGAUUGCCUACCCCUCCCUCCUUCCUUCAGCCACUGUGACAGACUCAUCUGCCAUACAUCUGUUAGAAAAGGGAUUUAGUUCCGCUUAAGUUACUUUCACCCAUUCAGGGGGGCCCCUUACAGCAAAGCGCUUCACUCCAAUUUAAGCCCCGACUGGCCCAGCCGAUGACAAAUGCUUGUUUUUCUUUCUGUGGUGUCUGGACAGCUGUGGCUGGUGCAUGUUUGGGACAAAUUUAGGAUUGAUUAUACGUACUUUAUCCGAAGCUAGCUCAUGGGCAGUGAAGCAGACUGAAGUCUUGAACUCGGGUCUCUCUACUGGGGACUGUAAUGCACAUGCAGUGGUCGCAACAUCCCAGGAAGGCGGUAGACAGCCGUUACACAUGCAUGGAGUUUCUCUUGCUUUUGAGCAUCAAUAACAACUUUUUUGGAGGAAACAUGAAACUGUUUGCUUAAAUUUUGCAAAAAAGAAAUGCAGCAAAGCCAUUGUAGCUAUAGCUGGGCUUUACAACGUAUUUGUGUUCUUCAUUCUUUGUUU